AAUACGUCAAACUAAUGUUAAUAAUAAAAUCCCUUUUGAUAAAUUCUAUUUAGCAUGCCGUAUAGUUGCUCAAAAUGCAAGUUCACAGCGAAUUUCGAAAGUGCUCUGAAGAUGCACAAGCAGCUGCAUCAUGACAUCAGCGGCUGCAGCAACGACGGAACUCCAAAAUCUACUAAAAAAUUCUACACCAUACCAAAAGAGUCGCAGAAAGAACAAGUAUUUCCAAUUAAACCGAAAAGAAGUCUGAGAUCACUUACCCGCUCACCAUCAGCCACUCGGCUGCUGGAUAAGAUCCGCAUGCGACUGUGUAAGAGCAAACUCUUCUCCCAUCCAGAAGAAGCGACAGAAGAGCAGAAUUUCAUAGACAGUGAAAAUACACAUUACAAGUACCCUUCAAAAAUAUUAGAGGUAAAACCUGAGGCGGUGGUAAAAGAAGCUCCUUCGACGGAAAAGCCUAAUGAAUCUUUCGGUUGCCAUCUAUGCUCGUUAGUAGCUGAUAGAAUAACUGUUUUAGAUAGGCAUCUACUGAACGAUCAUAAAAUUGGCAUGGACAAUCUCCUCAAGUUAGUCAUGGACAAAACUAGAGAUGGGCUCACUGAUGAUAACUCAAGACAAAAUUACGAACAACGAAAAUCUUAUUACAAGCUAUCGGAUGAAAUAAUGAAUACUGGACAUACUAAAAUGUUUAAAGAGGCAGCAUCAAAUACAGAUUUGAAGUGGACAGACAUACAUUUAGACGAGUCCACAAACGCUUUGAAGGAAAUAGAAGAUAUUUUUGAUGUGUCCGGGAAUGAAAAUAGGGAAGUAUUUGAAAAGAUGAGAACACUAAAUGAGUAUAUGAGCAGAUUCCUUACCUCUUCGAAAACAUUGAAUAAGGUGUUAUCUAAGGAACUAAGCCACAAAGACCUAAGUCGCCCAAACGAUAGAGGCUUACGAAUGGGUUUGGGAGACCAGGAGCCAAGAACACGGUUGGAUGAAGGUUUUGGGGGAGAUAAGCAAAGAUUUGAAGACAAUCCAUAUUUUUAUGAAUAACUCUAUUAAACCUAACU